UGAUGCUUAGUUAUGCAUCUCUUACUCUUUGGUUGGCUUGGAAGAUUUUAGGAGAUGCGACUGUUAAUUUGGUGAGUUGCGUACCUGGGAUCAUUGCUUUUCGUCAUUGGGAUGGGUUGCCUUGGCAGCUUGCUGUCUGUCCUGGACCUUUUGCACGUGUGCACGUCUUUGUCGGGCAUAGCGCGUCUAAGUUCUACGCUGUUAGUGGACGGCAACGUGCACCCAGGCGCUGCAAUCUAUUUUAAUGGUCAACAUACGUGCAUUAUGAUACUGGAGCAACAGAGUUGCGAGUGCAUGCCGGAGGUCUGAAGAGGCUGAGCAUCAGUGCCAGUGGUGGGAGCUUGCAUGGUACUUGGUCAUCAGUGAGCAUCAUCAGUGCUUCAGACCGGCGGCUAAAGUGUCGAAUCGAGCCGCUGGAACAAACUCUUGCAGCGAGAGCUCUGUCAACUCCAGGUGAGAUGCCAGGAUCAGACAGGGCAAAAGCCGUUGGCUGGUUGUUGCGGGAGCUCAGACCAGUGUCUUAUCACUUCAAAGAAGGGCCAGAAGCAAAGCUGGCCAGGCAUGGUUUCAUAGCUCAAGAACUGGAGAAAGUCAUGCCAGAGCUUGUUCGAGACCACAAGGAUCGAAAACAUGUGGUAUACCAAGACCUGGUGGCACUUCUGACUCUGGCGUCGCAGGUCCAGCAGGGUCGCCUGGAAGAAUACGAGGACUCCCUGCUAGCCAAGCUGACCAGAGCCGUUACUGGGCUAGGGGCGAGUAUUGCGCGCUGGGAAGAUUCCAUCCGGCCACGUUCGAACGCCGAGCGGUCAAACUGAAGCGGCUGUGAGGUGGCCUGCCCCUGAUAAUGUGACUGGCGAGUUGCAAAUCGCCCCAUGUGUAAAA